AUGCAAGCAACAACAGGAUUCUUACCUUUAACGGAAGAAAUAAAGAAGAAGACUCCAAUACCACUUGGAGUUGCAAUUUCACCAACGACUCCAGGUAUUGCCGCUGAAAUUGAUGCAACUGUCGAGCAAUUAAUUCGCUGUUCUGCUUGUCAAGGGUAUUUAUCACCUUUUUGUAAAAUCGAAAACGGAAAAUGGGAGUGCUCAAUAUGCCACACACAACACCUAUACGAAGAAAGUGAAAUAUCUAAAGCUCAAUUAGCAAAUUCGAAUUAUCAAGUUAAUAUACGGAAAAAUCCAGAAAUGGGACAAUUCAUAUGCAUUUACUUUUCAACCGAUUUUAAUGAAAGUGAUUUCAAUAGAAAUAAACAGGCAUUAACUGGUUUAUUGCGCUAUCUUCCAAAAGAUGCGAGAUGCAUUAUAUUUAUUGGCAGUGAACAAUAUCCUAUUGCUUUGCUUGUUCCACCACAAAAGUUUGAAUGCUUUUCAUUGAAUUCUGAAAAUACAGAUGAUCAAAUUGCUCCAGACGCUUAUUCUGUGACCACAACAGAACCAAACAAAGAAAAUACAGAACUUCAUGUUGCUUGCAUCGCCAAAUUCAGUUCAUUUAAUGCGAUUUUAGGCUUAGAUUUGGCAAAAUUCUUCUUUACUCAAGAAACAAUUCCAGCUGCCGAAAGAGCCCUUGCUAAGAUAUCACGUAGUAAAGAUAAAACCCCUGUAAUUAAGUCAAUUGAGCUUGCAGGAACUCUUGCAAACGCAUUUACUCCAUCUCCUUUACGUUUCAUAUCAUUUGUCGACCAAAUACCUCGUACACCUCCAAUUCUCGAAGCAUUACGUAAAUUCCUUGUUCGUCUCGAUUAUGUUGUUACAAAUUACACAAAAUGCAUUCCAGAUAUGGCCAAAGUGCUUCAAGGCGAGAUAUACAUCCUCUCAAAUGAAAAUCCUGGUGGCCAGGGAAUGAAUAUCGCGAGAUCUACUUCUGCAUACCAAUUAGUUUCAAGAUGCAGAGGCCACAGAUGCGCAACUGAAUGGAAACAAGCACCUAAUCAUCUUUCCGAGGUACAAGAGCAAGUAAUCUUUUUGCCUGUCUUGAUUUCAGAUAAUCAACCUUUGGCUUUAGAGAUUGUUCCACUUCCGAACCAGCCAUCAUACGUAUUCCAACUCACUGCUAAAUAUUACAUCAGCGAACCUGAUAAUACAGCUUUUAUUUUCAGAGUUAUGAAUUUCGAAAUAAAAUCUACAGGAAAACUCCAAGAAUACGUAAGUUCCGUAAAUUGGAAUGUGGCCCUUUGGUUCUGGAUGCAUAAAGUCUUCGAAAAAUACCAAAGAGAAGCUGUAUCAGCUUUAAUGAGAGGAGCAGCGAACGUUAUUGCAGAGGUUGGCGAUGUAAGUGAAGAUCUCAAGAGGGCGGUUUGUUCUACACGUCAUCUUUACGCUUUGGGCUCAGAUCCGAUUAUGAAAUACAUCGGAGGCCAAUUAAUGUUCACGACUGUUCCGGAAUCACUUAAUAUAGUUCCUAAAAUCAUUGUUAAUAACGGAAAGAAGAUUGUUCUUUCAGCAAAUGGAGUAUAUGAAGAUUCUCCUGAUGGAACUUCAUUUUCGGAAGAAGCCAUUGCAUACCAGAGCAAAUAUCCUAUUUAUUUGCCAAUUAUCACACCAAUUGAUAAGAAUUUGGCUGAGAUUGACCAAGAAUAUCUUGGAAUCUUGGACAAACUUGUAAGAUCGCUUCAGAACUAA